ACUAACGGUUCAAUUUUCAUACUUUGUAUAAGCAGAUAGAUUGUAGUUUGGCUCACCUAGUUUGUAUCAAAAUUAAAAGUAUAAAACAUAAGAGUGAUAAAAUGUGGCCCGUAAAAGCAUCCCCAAAAAAGCUCCUGGUGCCACUCUCAGCGGAUCUGGUGGAGGAUAUAAUCGCCCAUGGAAACGAGAAGCGAACACCACCAGGAAAUCCUCGGGAGGUGGAGUGUGUGGGCGAUAGCAGGGAAACCCAACGAAGAGCACCCUCCACAUUCACUCAACCCAUUCCUUUGGAGAUCAGGCGACGCACUGAAGGCCUAGCCGAGGGGCCCAUUGUGGUGCCCCGUCCAAUUUCAAUGACCAUCUUGUCCAAGCCCAAGCGAAAAUUACAAAAGAAAACACCAAUGGUCAUAAAGCAGAACAAGGAAGUUAAGGACUCAAUGGUGGAGCUUUGGGUCAGGGAUCCCACCGUUAAGAAACUAGCUGAUAGGGUAAGGCUUUCCUUUGCUUCGAACAACGGAAAACCGGUAAAGCUGACGCCCAGCAUGGUUUUGACCAAGUUGGAAGCCCGCUUGGAUACCUUAGCGAAUGGUAUGAUGGCACUGCAAAAGUGGGUGCCCAUCCUGAUCAAUCAGAAUAGGAAGCUCAUAAAGGGCAAGCCAGCUACCUUAAAUGCUUCCCCAUCCCCUGUAUCACUCUCCAUCAAGUCGAGCUCUGAUCCGGGUCAGGUUGAAACUUCUUCCGAUGAUUCUACCGCUUCAGAGCUGGAUCUGCGGGGUGAUCAGUUGAAGACGAAACGCAAUACCACCAGGGAGCUCUACUACGACAUGCAGAUGCACCUGGUCAACAUGCUGGUGGUGCCCAAGUCCCACACCUCGCUGUUCCUCAACCAGCGAAAGGAUUUGAUGAGGCAAUUGGGUGGAGGACAUGGCCAUUGGCGGCAUCAGUAUACCGAAGAGGAUUGGAAGCGGGAUCGCGAGGCGGCCGCCUUCCUCAAAGGAGACUCCUCUGGAGACUUGGCCACUCGGCGCUUGAAGAAUGUGCGUCGUCAGUGAAAGUAAAAGAUUUCUUUAUUU